CUGGUGAGUUUUCAAGGUGUUUGUGCGGUGCUCGGUGAGGGGACACACAGAGACCCUUGACCCAGGCUCCCUAAGUCGCCUUUCUCCGCCUGUCUCUGCGGCGGACCCGGCGCUAUCUCUUUGCCCACACUCGAGUGACACAAAAUGCCCUUCAAUGGUGAAAAGCAGCAUGUAGGCGAAGACCAGCCAAGAGAUUCAGAUUCUCCCCGGUUUUCCGAAAGCAUGGCUUCACUCAGUGACUAUGAGUGCUCAAGGCAGAGCUUUACAAGCGACUCUUCCAGCAAAUCCAGCUCUCCUGCUUCAACAAGCCCUCCCAGAGUUAUAACAUUUGACAAAGUGAUGGCGGCAGCAAGGAACUUAUCAAACAUGACACUUGUUCAUGAAAUUGCUGUAAAUGAGAGCUUCCAACUGAAACAAGAUGCUCUCCCUGAGAACAGUUUAGCUAGUCAAGUGAAGCACAUUGUCCACCAGGCCUUCUGGGACGUCCUGGAGUCAGAACUGAAUGCUGAGCCUCCCGAGUAUGAACAUGCCAUCAAACUGUUUGAAGAAAUCAGAGAGACUCUCCUCUCUUUUCUGACUCCUGGCGGCAACCGACUUCGCAACCAGAUCUGUGAAGUUUUGGACACAGACCUCAUUAGGCAACAGGCUGAGCACAGGGCUGUUGACAUCCAAGGCCUGGCCAACUAUGUCAUCAGUACGAUGGGAAAGCUGUGUGCUCCCGUGCGAGAUGACGAUGUCAGAGAGCUGAAGGCUACCAGCAACAUCGUGGAGGUGCUGAGACAAAUAUUUCAUGUCCUGGACCUCAUGAAAAUAGACAUGGUCAAUUUUACAAUUAGGAGUCUUAGACCACAUCUUCAACGCCAGUUGGUGGAUUAUGAGAGAACUAAGUUCCAAGAAAUUUUAGAAGAAACUCCAAGUGCUCUUGAUCAAACUACAGAAUGGUUAAAAGAAUCUGUAAAUGAAGAACUGCUUUCUCUUUCUGAGACUGCUUUAACUCCUGGGGCCGAAAACAGCUCUAAGCCAAGCCUGAGUCCUACACUGGUGCUAAAUAACAGUUAUUUAAAACUGUUACAUUGGGAUUAUCAGAAAAAAGAAUUACCAGAGACACUCAUCACAGAUGGAGCACGUCUUCAGGAACUGACAGAAAAGCUGAAUCAAUUGAAAAUUAUUGCCUGCCUGUCCCUAAUUACCAACAACAUGGUGGGUGCUCUUACAGAAGGCCUCCCUGAGCUUGCAAACAGGUUAAAAAGGAUUUCAGCUGUUCUACUUGAAGGCAUGAACAAAGAGACCACUAACUUGAAGGAAGUCCUGAAUUCUAUCGGUGCUCAGACUUGUGUUGAGAUUAACAAGGCCCUGGUGGAGAGAGGUUUAUCCAUUUUGAAUGCUGAGGUCCAAGCUAAUCUCAUAGGCCAAUUUUCAAGCAUCGAAAAGGAGGGCAAUCCUAUCUGGUCCUUGAUUGAUAAACGAACCCAACUCUACAUGAAAAGUCUACUUUGUCUUCCAAGUCCUCAAAAAUGCAUGCCUCCCGUCCCAGGAGGCCUUGCUGUCAUUCAACAGGAGCUAGAAGCACUGGGCUCUCAAUAUGCAAACAUUGUGAAUCUCAACAGACAAGUGUAUGGACCAUUUUAUGCAAAUAUACUUCGAAAGCUGCUCUUCGGUGAGGAAGCCAUGGGAAAGGCGGAUGCUUCAUCUUCCAACUAAAGAGGAACUGACAUUGGAUUUGAGGUUGGAAAUCCAGCACUUUGGUAC